GUCCGUGCAGGGUGUUAGUCCGCAUAUCAUCUGACAACAUGAAGGUCCUGCUUCUUACGCUGAUGCUGCUGCUGUGCAGCGCUCAAGUGCUCACACUCAGAUGCUACACCUGUGGCGAUGAGAAUGACGACAUCUGUAAGGAGGUGACAGAUUGCCCGGAAUCAUCUUACUUCUGCAAGACCUUCGAGAGCGAUACCCAAUUUUCUCGAACUUGCGAGGAGUUCUGUGUCGAAGAUCACCUCACAACCUGCUGCACCAGCGACUUGUGCCCUUGAGUCACCACUCUGCAUUCCCUUUCGCUUUCUGAUUAAUGAAAAUAGUUUGUGAAAAAGUAAUGACUUUAAUCUGAAUCUGAUGGAAGCUGAUUUGUUGGUCAAUAUGAUUUUAAUGUGACUUUCCUGUCUUUGAUUUGCUUUUACUUUCAAUUAAAUGUAAAAAUGUUGAACUCUUUAGAGUCAUUCAUUAAACACUAAAUCAACACAGUA